CUAACAAAAUAAAAAAUUAAAUAAGAAAGAACUGAAGAAAAGUCACAGUCUUCACUCUAUAAAGUAGUACUUUCAACAAAAGCAUACAUAUAAUUCCAUAUCUAUAUAUAGGUAGUGAUCGAGAGUACAAACAAUUAAUACACUAUCUCAUUCAACCAUGUUCACCAACACUAAAUAUUAUGGGUAUGACCUUUUUGACAUUCUCAUUCUUUUCUCAUCAGCAGCUUUUGCUUUGAUUGCAUUGUUUGGAUGGACAAGAAAAAAGUUAUCAUCGGAAGCACAGCUGCCGCCAGGCCCUCGGGGGCUUCCCCUAGUCGGAUACCUUCCUUUCCUAACUCCAAACAUACACCAAGAUUUCUCAGGUUUGGCCAAGCUUUAUGGUCCCAUUUUCAAGUUAUGGAUGGGAUCCAAACUAUCAGUGGUGAUCACUUCACCACAACUCAUUGCCCAAGUGGUUCGCGAACAAGACACAGUGUUCGCGAACCGAUAUGUUAGUACUGGUGCAGCAGUCAUCACACAUGAUGGUCAAGACAUUGCUUUUGGAUCGUACGGUCCAGAAUGGAAGAAGCUUCGAAAGGUGUUUGUUCGUGAGAUGUCAAGUAAUAACAUGAUUGAUAAUAUGUAUGAGCUAAGAAAAGCAGAGGUGAAAAAAUCUAUGAAGUACAUCUUCGAAAGGAUGAAUACCCCUGUUGAUAUCGGAAGCUUGGUGUUUCAAACUACAAUGAACACUGUCAUAAGUAUGACAAUUGGUGCUUCUUUUAAAGGAGCUGAUGCUGCUAUUGAUAGUGAUGAGUUUAAGAAGGCAGUGGAGGAACUCAUUAGGAUGUUGGGGAAAUUUAAUAUCUCUGAUGUUUUCCCAGCUCUCAGAUGGUUUGAUAUACAAGGAAUUGAAAGAGAUAUUACAAAGAUUACACAUAUGUUUGAAGGCAUGUAUGAUAAAGCCAUUGAUAAACGAAAGAACUCUUUGAAAGAAGGGAAAUCCAUGGGGAAGGACUUUUUACAGUUUCUUAUGGAGCUUCAUGAGGAAAAAGAUAGUGAAACUCCUAUUAGCAUGACUGAAAUCAAAGCCUUGCUUACGGACACUUUCUUGGCUGUAACGGACACUACAACGACCACAGUGGAAUGGGGAAUGGCAGAGAUUCUAAAUAAGCCAGAAGUAUUGAAAAAAAUUCAAGAAGAACUGAAACAAGUUGUGGGACUAAACAACAACGUGGAAGAGUCUCACUUACCCAAACUAACCUAUUUGUAUGCUGUUCUUAAGGAGACUUUACGUUUACAUCCACCAGUGCCAUUUUUAAUACCACGUAAGCCAAGCAAAACUACUGUUGUUGGUGGUUAUACCAUACCAAAAGGAACAACCAUUUAUCUAAACAUUUGGUCAAUGCAAAGAGAUCCUAAUGUUUGGGAAAAUGCUUCGGAGUUCUUACCUGAGAGGUUCUUGGCUGAUCAAAGCAAAGGAGAUAUUGAUUAUAGCUUUUCUGGUAAAAAUUUCAAGUAUCUUCCAUUUGGAUCUGGGAGAAGAAUGUGUGCUGGAAUUUCCUUAGGGGAGAGGAUGUUGAUGCAUAUGUUAGCUUCUUUCUUGCAUUGUUUUGAUUGGAAAAUGCCUAUUGGUACUAAGGUUGAGCUUUCAGACAGGUUUGGGAUUAUUCUUAAGAAGAGGAACUCUUUAAUUGCCAUUCCCACACCAAGACUUUCUGAUUUUGACCUAUACACUACUACUACUAGUACUUGAAAACGUUUGAGCAUGAUAACUGUACUGUACUACUUUUUUUUAAAGCGUUGAUAUAUGUAAUAAUAAGGUCUAAUAGCCGUCAAUAUUGUAAUGUACUAUCUUGCAUCGCAAUAAAUAAUACUAAAAAUUAUAUUCUCUUGCUUAA